UGUCUAUGUUUACCUUCGCAUCGUGGGCCGCAAAGUUGCAAGCUCCAAGUUAUUUUUCAGAGCCAGAAUCAGAAUAACUAUAGAGUUCCUUGGCUGGCGUAUGAUAGUUCUGUGAAAUUGAGUGAAUUUUUUUCAAUGUAAUCUACAGUCUCCCUGUCAUCUUGAUAAGAGCUGCUUUCGGUUCGAACAACAAAUCCAUAGCCACUAUGGACCAAGUAUCCAAGCAUGAAGUUUCUGCAACCAGCCUUGGGGGCGACUGCACUUAUGAAAUUCCAAAAAAAUGUAUCUUUUCUGAAAAAGAUAUGAAGUCUUGGGAAUCAAGUGAAGCCUACGAUGACUAUUUUGGAUUCAUCAAAGCUAUGAAUGAAGCCUCAAAAGGCAAAUCCUUAAAGAUUGAUUGUGAAAUUUCCGAGAUGACUCAAGGAAUACUCAAUCUUCUGAGCACUCUUGAUGAAUGGAUUGAUCAGACUCCGCCAAUUGAACAACCCCAACGGUUUGGUAACAAAGCUUUUGCACUAUGGUACCAGAAGUGUAAAGAGAACAGCAGCAAAUUAUUGGAAGAUAUUCUACCCAGAGAGUUACACCCAGCAAUUGUAGAAUUAAAAGAAUAUUUAACUGAAAGCUUUGGAAACUCAACAAGAAUUGAUUAUGGCACAGGACAUGAAAUGUCAUUUUGUAUGUUUCUAUGUUGUCUCUUCAAGCUACGUAUUUUUCAAGAAAAAGACAGUAUAGCUGUGGUGACCAGAGUUUUUAAUAAGUAUUUGAAUUUAGUUCGCAAACUUCAAAAAACAUAUCGCAUGGAACCUGCAGGCAGUCAUGGUGUCUGGAGUUUAGAUGACUAUCAAUUUGUACCUUUCAUAUGGGGAAGUGCGCAGUUCAUAGGAAAGCCAAUUAUUGAACCAAGUAUGUUCCUUCAAGAUGAAAUAGUGAACAAAUUGCACCAGGAAUAUAUGUUCAUAGGCUGUAUUAAGUAUAUAACAGAGGUCAAAACUGGUCAUUUUGCAGAACACUCAAAUCAGUUGUGGAACAUAAGUGGACUCACCACAUGGACUAAAGUAAAUCAGGGUCUUAUCAAAAUGUAUGAUGGAGAGGUAUUAAGGAAAUUUCCCGUAAUCCAGCAUGUUUUAUUUGGGUCUAUCUUGCGGUUCCAAGCAUGUGAAAAGGCAAAAUUUGCUCUUCCAAUGCAGCGAAAACCAUCAGCACCAUUCAGUGUCUCCACAUCGCAGCUUACUAGGGAAGCUGUUCUCUCACGGUCUCAAUCAGAUGCAGAUGCAUUAAAUAAAAAACCAGGUAACAUCCCACAUGUUUCUGUCAAUGAAGCUAGGGUGAGCAAAAGCCCUGACAGCCAAAUCAACUGAUCAGUUUCGUUGUUUUCUUUUAGCAAAGCAAAGUCAGGAUAAUUAAUAAAAAAUAUGAAGCUGAAGUGUGAAAUAUUCAGUCUGUGAACUAUUUCAUUCAUCAUACCUACUAUGAUUUAUUUUCCUACUCCAAAUUAGGUUUUGAAUGAGUCCGCUUUCAAAAAUCUGAUUUUGUAUGAUUUUUCAAUUCAAUAAUUGACUUCAAGCCCAAUUGACAACAAAAGUCAAUAGUUUUGGGAUAUUAUAAUUUGCCAAACUGGAUUGUUUUAAAUGGAGAAUUCGAAAAUACAUGGAACUAAAAAGUUGAAUCAUAGAUAAUUUUAUGACAUCUUUACUGAUCAAAAUAUGCAUCUACUUCAGAGAGGAGACAAGAAGAUCACCUCCAUUAUCCCAUUUGAGUUUGAUUGGACUGAAAUUGCUAUUCUUAAAUUAAUAAUUGUGUGUGAUGAAUUGUAAUUCUAAUCACAAAAAUACAAAUCUAACUUUGCCUAAAUUUUUUAAACGCAGAACUUAUUGUUUAAGUCUGAAAAUAACCAAGUUUUGAAUGUUAUUUUAUUACUCCUAAAAUAAAAGAUAAAAAAAUGAACCAUCAAUAAUUUAAAAAAAUUGGAUGUGUCAAGUGCGUCUCAGUAGUAUUUGAGUGAGUAGCUGAGCUAAAUCAAAUAUUUAUCAUUCCAUCUCUCAAAAUUUUAUCAAAAAUCAUUACACUAAGUAACUGGUUCAGUAUACUAUGUAGUGCUGCACAAUCUUGUUUUUCUUUUUUUAAAUUAUUUGAUGAAUAAUCAUAAUUAUGAGUAUUAUUGUGAUUAACUCCAUUAUUCUAAUCAUGACUAAAUGAAAAUAUCCUCAGUUGCAUACUGGGACAAAUUUAAACAAAGACAAUUUUUACUUGUGAUAUAAAGAUAAUUUAUGUUAAAUUUUUUUCCACCCCCAUCCUCACCCCCAUUUCUUUUAUUUUUAAAGAUAAUAAGAAACCAAUUUAAAUGUUGUGAAAAGUUUUCCAUUUUUAUCAGGACUCAUUUUGAUGUUUUCUUAGAAAAUUUUUGUUACCUUUUCUUCCUGAUCUUCUUGUUCUUUUCCUUUUUUUAAAUGACAAUGGCCACUUCAGGAUCAGAGUGUCCCAUCAGCAGAUCUUCUGAUCACUCUGUGGUUUCUACUUGGCGUAUGAAACUACUCCGUGCCCCAUGCCACCCUCCUAAUUAGUGCCAGUAAUGAAUCGUUGCUCAUGAUAACCCACCGUUUUGCGAUGUGAGUGUAAAUGUAGUGCUUCAUCAGUUUUAGUUUUAAAUCGGUUGUAUCGUGAGACAAGUAGAAACCAUGGAGUGAUCAGAAGACCUGAUGAUGGGAUACUCAAAUCCCGGGAUGGCCAAUGUCAUUUGAAAAAAGGAAAAUAACCAGGAGAUCAAGAAGAAAAGGUAAAAACCAAAAUUUUCUAAAAAAACAUCGAUUUGAAUGUCUCAAAAUAAUUUUCUUUUUCAUUUUUCCCCUGUUUAUCUAUAAAGGAUAAUUUGCCAAGUACAAAUGUUGUCAAAUUUCGAAACUUGACAAUUUCUGUCUUCUUUCUCUGAAAACUUCAGUGGUUAAUUUUGCAAGUUGGCUACACAAUUUUAUUUUGAUUUAAAUCCCUUUUAAAUAUCAAUUUUACGUGAGACUGCCCGCCACACUAAUAAUCAAUUCUUUUAAAGACAUCUAAGUAGAGCGAAAAAAGCAUUGCCAGCUCGCAAGAAUCACCACUGAGAAACUCGCAUUUCUCUGACAGAAAAAUUACUGAGGACAUAAAGAAACAAAAUUACCCAGAAACUUUAGAAGAAAUCCCUUUUCUUUAAGUCAAUCAACUACAGGAAUAAGCAGUAUGUAAUUCAAUAGUUUCAUCUGUUUCCGUUAUUUAUUGAUGCAAAUUUUACAAGCAAUAUUCUCUUCUUCUAAUAUGCUUCCUAAAAUUAUCGGGUGCACCACUUCAGUGCAUCUCCUUCUCUUAAUUUAUUCGUUUUACGGCAAAGUCGUCUAUAUGUUUUCUUUUCUUUUGAAUGAAUUUCACCUUUUAUUUUGAAAUACAUGUAUACAUGUAUUUGAUUUAUGUAGAUGAACUUGUCAGCUAGUCAUUUUUCUCCCUAAAAAUAUUACAUUUUUUUUAAAGUAAAAA